CCACUGUCGCUAGAAGGUUACCAGUUCGUCAUUGGCCAAAAUCUCGAUGCUUCACUCCGUAGACUUCGCUUCGAGACCAGCACGACAACGGUAUGGGCAGACGCGGUCUGCAUUAACCAAGAGGACACGGACGAGAAAUUACGCCAGCUCAAACUAAUGGCCAAAUCUAUGCCGGCGCCGGCACAGUGCUUCUCUGGUUGGGCGAAACCACCCUUUACUCGGCUACAGGCUUUGAGAUCUUCAUACUUGGCGGGCCAUGAUACCUUUGAUGAGAAGUCGCCUUGGGAGCGCAUGCCGGAUAACGAGACAAUCCAAGGCCUUCAGGACAUCUUGCAACGUUCGUAUCCCAGUCGGAUCUGGGUUGUCCAGGAAGCCGCGCUCAGCCGUCACAUCAGGAUGCAGGUCAGUGACCUAUCGAUGGAGUGGUAG